AUGCUCAUCACGGUCACCCCCAAUUUUUUCUUCACGCCCAAGAAACAAGCUCAUCAACUUUCUCGGCUUCGGAUUCAGGCCCUUACGAUUCUCGGGUGGCCACGGGCAAAAAGGUCGCGAUCCCUCGAGUGUCUACUCCCCAUGUCUCUCGCGGACGGCGACGCUCAGCGCGAGCAUGCGAAACUUGCCGACAGCAGUCAGUGUAUGUAUGAGGACGUCAAGCGAGUACGCGACCAAAAACUACUGGAAACAUUAUCCCACCAUGUGAAACGAUAUGAAAACCUGCUUCGCGAGCUGGAGGGCGAAGUCGCUACACCUAUAGCGGAGAGGAUCAGGAAGGAACUUAAGUUCAAGGAUAAAAAAUCCUCAUCUCACAAUCAAGUCGACGGCUUCGAUUCUUCAUCGUCGAUGGGCUCCCUAGAUUCAGUCGACCUGGCAGAGGAAGACCUGGAUCGAAAUGAUAUUUCUCGCGCUGCUGGUUUCUUCGGGAAAAAUUCUGAGGUGUCCUGGCUGCAGAGGCUGAAGCGUGGCAUGGAAAUUUUCGAUAACCGGGAGCCUCCCAUGGUCGGCUUGCCAUCCACAGACUCGCAGUCGGAGUAUGACCCUAGUACCGACACUGGAAUUGAACAUGGAAGACUAGCAAAGAAUGUACCUAUCUCGAUGAUGAACUACCAUCUGGAUGACAUUGAAGUACCUUUUGUCGACAACACCGACCCAUUCGCAAUGCCACCGCGAGAAACCGCCGAUGAAUAUUAUUCUACGUAUAUGACCUACAUUCACCCGUCUUUCAGCGCUAUCAGAAAGCCAGAAUUCACAUUACAGUAUCGACAGUUCUUCAGCCGGCCUUCUCCGAGUACCUCCCGCACCUGGUUGGCGAUUUUGAACAUGAUUUUUGCCAUUGGAUGUCGAUAUUACCGACUUAUAAGUUCGCCCAGCGAGCUCACUCGUGAAGAUGACCUGGUAUUUCUAACGCGAGCGCGUCAAUUGAGUCUGAAUGAGAACCUUCUAUUUGAACACGCCGGUAUUGAGCAAGUUCAGCUUGAAUCAAUGGUGGCGGUUUAUUUAAUUUGCCUAGGGCAGGUCAACAGAGCAUCCAAAUUCUCGACCAUUGCCUUACGCUCCGCUAUAUCACUCGGAAUCAACCUCCGCCUCGAGGAUGACGGAAAUCGUGACCCAUCGAAAGAAGCCCGCCGCCUCCUGUGGUGGUCCAUUUAUUGUCUAGAGCAUCUACUCACUUCGAUGACGGGCCGCGCCUCUGUUGUAGGAGAGAGCCUGUUCUCUCAUACACUCCCUGUCCCUGUCGAAAUAGGAUCGCCCCUCGACCAGGCCGGUACCCAGCGCCUUCUCCAAGAUCUCCCGUUCCUUGAUGCCCAACUCUGCCCAACCCUCUUCGAGUCUCUGACCCAGUUUCAAAGUGGGCCCAAUUGGGCGACCAAAUGCGAACCGUGUUCGUCUUUGUUCUUUUACUAUCUUGUCGACCUCACCAUCAUAACUCAGUCCGUCUUGAACAAAGUCUACAGUAUAGAGGGUGUCCGAGCAGGACCGAGUCAAUUAGAGUAUCGGCUUCAGAAGUACAGUGUACGCAUAGACCGCUGGCUCUCCAAACUACACCCUGAAUAUCAAUUCACUGUUCCCUGUGCAAGCCCCUGGCACGUCAACCACGCCCAACUUGACUACGAAUCUCUCCCCUUUAUCCGAGAGCGUGUCUGUCUCGCGAUGAACUAUUAUUCUGCUCGCAUCACCCUUUGCAAACCUUGUCUCAUCCAGACACGUACUCCACCCAGAACAGGAUCGGAACACCCUCCUUGGCAGAAAUCGAAUCCUAGCGCUAAAUUCAAAGCAGAUACGGCAACAACCUGCCUCCAAGCUGCAUGCUCCCUCAUCUCGGUUCUUCCUGUUGAACCCAACUUAGCAUGGCUGGCGCGCGUAGCGCCGUGGUGGGGCGUGUUACAUUUCUUGAUGCAGGCCACAUCAGUCUUACUACUUGUUCUGUCAAAUUGUUCUUUUUCUUCUCCAUUUCAGGACAAACGUAACUCUCACCAUCCACCGGGUACAUAUAACUAUUCGUCCAACGCGAACUACCCGCCUUUACUGGAGCCCGAUCUCAGAACCGUAGUCGCACAAACCAAAAAGGCAUUCUUCUGGAUCCAUGCCAUGGCAACUAUCGAUCCGGCGUCUGAGACUGCGGACUCGUUGUUUGGUGGAUCUGGAGACACGGAGAUCGGGACCUCGCUGGAUGGAUUUUGGGACCUCAUCGAUUUUGACGCUGGCAGUUUCCUAUAA